AUGGCCUCCCUAGCCCCUCUCGUAUUAUUUCUCUUAUGUUUUUUAACUUAUAUUGCUCCAACAUUUCAAGCCUAUUCCCCAGACUACUACACCACCCCCAAUAUCACUCUCAAAAACAUCAUGAACGUGGUAGACUCGUGUUGGCGCACCAAAUCCAAUUGGGCCACCAACCGCCGAGCCUUGGCCGACUGCGCAGUAGGCUAUGGCAAAGACGCAUUGGGAGGAAAAUACGGGCGUACUUAUGUAGUCACAACCUCAAAUGAUGACUCAGUAAACCCUAAACCCGGCUCACUCCGUUACGGGGUGAUCCAAACGCAGCCAUUAUGGAUCGUUUUUGCCAAGGACAUGGUGAUCACGCUAAAAAAUGAGCUCAUUAUGAAUAGUUUCAAGACCAUAGAUGGUAGAGGUGCUAAAGUUGAAAUUGCGUACGGACCAUGCAUAACGGUGCAGGGCGUUAGCCACGUUAUUAUACAUGGAAUAAGCAUUCAUGAUUGUAAGCCUGGGAAGGGUGGGAAUGUUAGGAGCACUCCUACACAUAUUGGGAAGCGUCGAGGGUGCGACGGAGAUGCUAUUGCUGUCUUUGCUUCUUCGCAUGUUUGGAUAGACCAUUGCUUCCUAGCUCGUAGCGCAGAUGGCCUCCUUGAUGUCACCCAUGCUUCCACUGCCGUCACCAUCACAAACAACUAUUUCUCUCAGCAUGACAAAGUGAUGUUGCUUGUGGGUGAUUUGAACAGUGCGAUUCAUGUGCUUUCUUCUACUUUCUCUUCGAAGUUCGUCAGAUCCAAGUACUCUAAGGCUGGCCUUGUUGAAAGAAUGCCAAGGGUUAGGUUUGGGUAUGCGCACCUGGCCAACAAUAGAUAUGACGAGUGGAAAAUGUAUGCCGUAGGAGGCAGUGCCAAUCCAACAAUUUUCAGUGAAGGGAACUACUUCAUAGCUCCUGAAACUUCUUAUGCCAAACAGGUUACAAAGAAAGAGGCUGGAGGCAGUUGGAAUAAUUGGAAAUGGAGAUCUUCAGGGGAUGUGUUCAAGAAUGGUGCUUUUUUUGUUCAAUCUGGAUAUGGAAACUGCUAUCCACUUUACUCUCGAAAGCAGUCGUUUAAGGUCUUUCCAGGAGCCAUGGUUCCUGCUUUAACCUCAAAUGCAGGUCCUCUACGCUGCUUUGUUGGCAAAGUAUGUUAAUUUGCUUUGCCAU